UUUAACCUGUUUGUUGUUGAGUGGCAUCGUGUUUUCCUGUUAUUUUGAUGUAAUUGCGUUCAAUUUGUGUUAAGUUUUAGUGUUGUACCUUAAACUAGUAACUUUUACGCUUAAGUAACAAUGAGUUUCCCGGCUCCAGACACGCCAUCAGACCGAGAUGGAGCGCGGUCUCGCAUGACAUCUCCGGCGCGCGACUAUGAGAUGUUUGAGGACGAGAGCGCCAUUCUCGGAGACAACCCGCUUGAGGAGGAAGAGGAAGAUGGAGAAGAGCUGUUCAAUGAUAACAUGGAGGCGGACUACCGCCCCAUGCCCGGAUUGGAUCGCUAUGAUGCCGCAGACCUGGAUGAUGACAACUAUGACCCCAUGUCCAUUGAAGACCGUCGGGCAGCUGAACAAGAGCUCCGACGCAGGGACAGAGAGGAAGGGAGGAGGCGGGAUGACCAGGGCUUGCUUUAUGAUGAGUCCGAUGAAGAAGAUGGCGACGCCCCGCGCGCCAAGCGUCGCCGAGCCGCCGAAAAGGCGGCCACCGGGGCCGAGGAACAGGUUGAGGAAGGCAUCGAAAGUAUUGAGAACCUCGAGGACACCAAGGGGUAUACCACCAAGGAGUGGGUGUCCAUGUUGGGACCCAGGACUGAAAUUGCUAACAGAUUCAAGAAUUUCCUCCGCACAUUCACAAACAGCAAAGGCCAGUACGUGUACAAAGAUCGUAUACGACGUAUGUGCGAACACAAUCAAGCCUCCUUCCAUGUCGAGUUUGAUGUCCUUGCCCGGCGAGAGCAGGUCCUGGCAUACUUCUUGCCCGAGGCGCCGUUCCAGAUGCUGCAAAUUUUCGACGAGGUGGCUAAAGAUGUGGUGCUGCACAUGUUCCCUAGCUACGAGCGAGUUACGUCAGAGAUACACGUGCGGAUAUCGGACUUGCCACUCAUUGAGGAACUCAGAACCUUCCGCAAGCUUCACUUGAACCAGCUGGUCCGAACUGUAGGCGUCAUCACGGCUACCACUGGAGUACUGCCUCAGUUGUCAGUCGUGAAGUAUGAUUGUAACCGGUGCGGAUACAUCUUGGGUCCAUUUGUGCAGUCGCAGAACUCUGAAGUGAAGCCUGGGUCUUGUCCUGAGUGUCAGAGUGCUGGGCCUUUCAUGGUAAACAUGGAGCAGACAGUAUACAGAAACUACCAGAAGGUGACCAUCCAAGAGUCCCCCGGGCGUAUCCCGGCCGGCCGCAUCCCGCGCUCCAAGGAGUGCAUACUGUUAGCUGAUCUGUGCGACCGCUGCAAGCCGGGGGAUGAGGUGGACUUAACUGGCAUUUACACUAAUAAUUAUGAUGGCUCGCUCAACACGGAACAGGGUUUCCCAGUAUUCGCAACAGUAAUCAUCGCCAACUACAUAGUUGUGAAGGACUGCAAACACAUAGUAGAAUCUCUAACCGACGAAGAUGUCGCUAACAUCGUCAAAUUAUCCAAGGACCCCCGUAUAGGAGAACGUAUUGUGCAGAGCAUGGCGCCGAGUAUAUAUGGGCAUGAUUAUAUCAAGAGAGGGCUGGCACUGGCGCUGUUUGGUGGUGAAUCGAAGAAUCCAGGCGAGAAGCACAAAGUGAGAGGCGAUAUCAACGUACUAAUCUGUGGCGACCCCGGUACAGCCAAAUCUCAGUUCCUCAAGUACACAGAAAAGAUUGCUCCAAGAGCGGUGUUUACCACUGGCCAAGGCGCUAGCGCCGUCGGUUUGACAGCUUAUGUGAGGAAGAAUCCUACGACAAGAGACUGGACGCUAGAAGCCGGCGCGCUAGUACUGGCGGACCGCGGCGUGUGCCUCAUCGACGAGUUCGACAAGAUGAACGACCAGGACCGCACCUCCAUCCACGAGGCCAUGGAGCAGCAGUCCAUCUCCAUCUCCAAGGCUGGCAUCGUCACUUCCCUGCAUGCCAGGUGUUCAAUAAUAGCAGCGGCCAAUCCGAUCGGCGGGCGGUACGACGCGUCCCUAACUUUCACCGAAAACGUGAACCUGUCCGAACCGAUCCUGUCGCGUUUCGACGUGCUGUGCGUCGUGCGGGACGAGCCGGAGCCCAUGCGCGACGCGCACCUCGCCAAAUUCGUAGUAGCCUCCCACAUUCGUCACCACCCGACGCAGCGCGGGCAGGCCACGGAGGAGACCGAGCUCACCGACACGGACUUCGCGCUGUCGCAAGACCUGCUCAAGAAAUACAUCGUGUACGCGAAGGAGAACGUGCGACCUAAACUACAGAAUAUGGAUCAAGACAAAGUAGCAAAAAUGUACAGUCAACUGCGUCAGGAAUCUCUCGCCACAGGCAGUUUACCUAUCACCGUCAGGCAUAUUGAAUCUGUGAUCCGCAUGAGUGAAGCUCACGCUCGCAUGCACCUGCGUGCGCAAGUGAACGAGGAGGACGUGAACAUGGCCAUCCGCACCAUGCUGGAGAGCUUCGUCGACACGCAGAAGUACAGCGUCAUGCGCGCCAUGCGACAGACAUUCCAAAAAUACCUCUCCUACAAGAAGGACCACAGCGAGCUCCUGUACUACAUCCUCCGCCAACUCACCAUGGACCAGCUCGCCUACAUGCGCGGCCUCCACAACCACUCCCAAUCCACCAUUGAAAUAUCUGAGCGGGACCUCCUGGAGCGAGCGAGACAGAUCAACAUUACGGACCUAAAGCCUUUCUAUGACAGCCGUAUUUUUAAGAUGAACAGCUUUAGCUAUGAUCAGAAGAGGAAGGUGAUUAUACAUGCGCUGCCCGAUGCGCCUGCUGAGGUUUAGUUUUGGACACCAUUGUUUUGUAUGGCUUUAAAUGGGGUUGGCAACUGUCAAAGGUUUUCAUACGCCACUGUCUAGUUUUAUUCUAUGAGAUUUAGCUGGUAUCCAGGCCAUAAAAUUCCAAUAUAUUUUUUUUCUUUAUUUUUCUAUUAUGUAAGAAUUUGUGUGAUAUUUGUUUUUAUAAUUCCUAUUUUUUUUUCUGGAUUGUUUUGUGUACCUAUGUCAUUUUUGUAUUUGAACAUUUUGUGUGCAUUGUGGCAAACAAAUAAACAGAUCUAUCUAUCAAAACAAGAAUUUGGCACUUUUGUAGGAUUGACAGGUAAAAUCUAUGCUGGCGCCAUCUGUAAAAUAUUUCGACCGGCCAACCCCAUUUGGAAAGUAUUGUAUGAAGUUUUCGAAAGCAGGCGCGGCUUCCUCUAAGGAGCGCUUGUGCAGUGCACUCCCAUAAAUAAUCAUAAUGAAAUUAUAGUGCCUAAUUAUUAUAUUACUCUUUAAGAUCUAUCGUACAAAAGUAAAAUACCAAUUAAAUAAUUACCUUUAUUCAUUAUAAGUUUAUAGACGGCCUAUACUACUCGGCCUACUCCUAUAAUUUCAUAGGAAUCAUAGGUAACGCGCGAAGCGGAGCGCUUUGGAUUGCGCUCCUAUGAAAAAGAUUUAGUACAUAAAAUCAAUAGGAAAUUCAAUGAGAGCGAAAGAGAAGUUUCGCUACAGUUCCGCACGUGAAACAGAAGAUUUUCUAUGAAGAAAGAGGUAAAAUUGGAGCGGCGCUCCGUAGCCCGUUUGACCUUGCGCCCUCUCGUCGAAUGCGCGCGCACUUGUUUGUAAACAGACCUUAGUUAGUAGUCAAUUUUAAAGUACGCGCGUGAAUGGAAUUUUGGCAUUUUUUUAUUAUAAAUAAUUAACCAAGAGUUUAAGCAGUAAGUGCACAUAAUUUGUUUGUUGUGAGGUAUUUAAAAUGAAUGAAUUUAACGGGAGAAUGUGAAAAAAGUUUACAAAAUCGACUCGAGUUCAAUAUAAAAGGAAAACCUUGAACUUUCGUAACAAUGUUCGUCAAAAACAAAAACUUAUAUGUCAUUAAAUAAGAUCAAUAUGCAAAAACACCGUGGUUGUGUUAUGUCGCUGUGAUAAAAGUAACUAGGUGUUUUAGUUUAUCGUGUUACCUACCUAAGUACAUAUGUCUUGUUUGGAGCGGGCGCGGGCGGGCCGGACGACGGCUGUGCGGUGAGUUUGCUUGGACCGAAACCGAUGUGUUAACAAUUUAGCACAUAUUUCCAUAAAAUUUUAAAACAACAUUCACAACCUAGAAUCCAUUUGUAAAAUGAACUGCAGUUAGCGUCUAUCGGUCGUCAAGAUAUUCGUAAUAGCGAAAUUCUAUAAGAGAGUUCAAUGACCGUAUUUUGUGUCGGUUGAUUGAAUGUGUAGUUUUUUACUGUGAUAGUGAACACCCAUAAUAUAGAAUCACCAGCCGCCGCUGUUCGAAAGUAUUUUGCGAACCCGUCUAAAUUAUGUUUGGCUAGUCACUGAUCAAGUGAUCACUGUGAUCAGUGACUACUGUACUACUAUUUUAUCUCGAAUUAAAUCAUCGGUUCCGAAUGGUCAAAGACUAAAUUUGGGAUAUUUUUGACAUAAGUUAUAUAUUUUGCAAAAUUCUUACACCGUAAACCAAACCAGCAAGGAAUGGAAAGUACAUAAAAGUUCGCCUUGUAACUUUUUCAGAUGCUGAUUAUAUAAUAUUGUCUUCGGUUACCGCGAUAGUUACUCAUGAAAUAAAACUAUGAAAACGGAUUAUAUCGCGUGUAUUGAAUUUAUAAUACAUACCGACGUUUCGAACCCUUUACAGCGUUCGUGGUCAACGGGUGACUGAGGAAAAAUUACAAAGUGCAAAAAUACCCACAUACUAAAAAUAAUGAACAAUCAGAGUAUAAACGAUGUAUUAUAAAUUCAAUAUACGCGAUAUAAUCCGUUUUCAUAGUUUUAUUUCAUGCUAAUUAUAAUUAGUUAAAAAUAUGUAUUACGGAUCAUAUUUUUGUAAAAGUUUUGAAGGUGUACUUGAAUCAUCACAUCUUGUAAUUUUUAAAAGUUAAUAAGAUAAAUAAUCAAUUUAAUCAUGUACAUGUUACAAGUCAUUUUCAUUGUACAUAAUGUUCACUUAUGCAGGACAUAAUUAGUAGAACUACCCACUUCAUUGUAAUAUUUAGAUUUUAAUGGUAUUGCUUUAAAAUAAGCUAGCUGUAAGUGCCUCACGUUGUAGUACAAAAUGCAAUUGUUCUUUUACUUUUUGACCGUUUUUUUAAUAAACAUUUUGUCUACAG